UCAGUCUAUCACACUGCAUGCCUGGCCUGCAUGUGUUCUCUCAGAGUGUGAAGAGGAGAGAGAGUGUGUGUGUUAAGACUUUAGAGAGAGAGAGAGAGAGAGAUGAGUACCCUUUUUUUCAUUACAGCUCUCCUCCUAAGUUCCACAGCCACCGUGAUCUCAUGCCCACCGUCCGAUCUAGCUGCAUUGCUCUCCUUCAAAGCUGCCCUCCACGAGCCCUACCUGGGCAUAUUCAACUCCUGGACCGGACCCGACUGCUGCCACAACUGGUACGGAGUCAGCUGCGACCCGACCACCAAACGGGUCGCCGACAUCAACCUCCGCGGCGAGUCCGAAGACCCGGUCUUCGAAAAAGCCCACCAGACCGGGUUCAUGAAUGGUUCGAUAUCUCACUCCAUCUGUCGCCUGAACCGGCUCUCGAGUCUCACCAUCGCCGACUGGAAGGGCAUUUCGGGAAAUAUUCCCCCUUGCAUUACCCAAUUGCCAUUUCUUAGAAUUCUUGAUUUGAUAGGGAAUCAAAUAUCGGGCGAGAUUCCGGCCGAUAUCGGGAGACUGAGUCGACUCACCGUGUUGAAUUUCGCCGAUAACAACCUAACCGGUACGAUACCCCGGUCGAUAACGAAGCUGUCGUCGUUGAUGCAUUUGGACAUUCGGAAUAACCGGAUAGCCGGUACGAUCCCGACUAAUUUCGGUAAGCUCCGGAUGAUGAGUAGGGCUUUACUGAGUCGGAACCGACUCACCGGGUCGAUUCCUUACUCGGUCUCGUACAUAUACCGGUUAUCCGAUCUGGAUCUUUCUUUUAACGAGAUAUCGGGUACCAUUCCCGAAUCUCUCGGUAAAAUGGCGGUUCUCGCUACUCUAAAUCUCGAUGCGAACCGGAUCUCAGGUCAGAUACCGCCCACGUUGAUGAACUCGAGUAUUAGUAUACUGAAUUUGAGCCGAAACGCGGUUGAGGGCACCAUACCGGAUGUUUUCGGGCCGAGAUCGUAUUUUACGGCGUUGGAUUUGUCGUAUAAUCAGCUUCGGGGUCCAAUUCCGAAAUCGAUUACCGCGGCAACUUAUAUUGGGCACCUCGAUUUGAGCCACAACCAUUUGUGUGGGCCCAUUCCGAUGGGAUCGCCGUUCGAUCAUCUUGAAGCGUCGUCAUUCGUUUACAAUGAUUGUCUAUGUGGAAAACCCCUAAGAGCUUGCAUUAAGUGAAGGAUUGAUGAGAUGGAAAAUUAAGUCUGCGUGCACAGAUUUAUAUGGCAUCGAUUUGAAAUUGAGACAUUCAAGAAACAUUCGGUUAAAUUGGAUCCCUCGUUGUUUUGAAGAAUUUACAUGCAUCGAACAACUCUAAACGCAUCUAUGUACGUAAUAUUGCUCUGUAUAAGAGCUAUUUAAAAGAAUGAUAUAUAGGUAUGCCUAUUCCUUUGAUAUAAUAUACAGUAUGGUUUUUUGGUUAGGAUGUACGGGAUUGAUUGUCCCGAUUAAUCUUAUUAAUUCCAAAUGUUCCAAUAGCCAUUGUCCAUCUACAUCGGACACAGAUUUAAGAGAGACAAAUAUUCCACCGA